AAUUUCAAAGGCCCAUACACCACAUAUUUCGAUGAAUCCAGAAUUCUCUGGAUCAAUCUAUUGGACUCCAAAAUUCCGAUUUUCUAAUUUCCCAUUUUCCUUUUGAAAAAUUUUGUUACCACCCGAAUAAUAGCUGUGUAAUAUCUUACCAUUUGAGGUCUGGGGUGGAUAAGUACGAGAUGAUGUGAUAUUCACGAAAAGGGAAAGGGGAGAUUUGAGGCUCGGAAACUUGUUUUCUGAUCUUGGUUUUCCUCUGAUAUGGCUGAGCUUUGUUUGAUGGCCUGUCAUGGGUAUCCUCCUGGGCUUGUCUUUCACCCAGAACAGGGCAUGUGCAGGGUCUCCAAGGAUUGUCAACCUCUUUUGGGAAGUCCUGGACCAAGACAAGAGUCGACAAGAUCGGGUCUUAAUCUAAGGCCUCUUCAACGGGAGGAGACCUGGAAACCCUUGAGUGGGUUGUUGGAGUCUGACCAGUUUGUGAAGAUUGAUCAGACUGUUAGCAGACAUGUGCUGCUUGAUGCACAAGACACUCUUCCAGGUUCGGUACUCUUCAGCCUUGCAAUCGCUGAACAAUGCACAAGACAUGAAAAAAUCCUGCAGUUCCUCAUGUCCAGAUCGAGUGAAAUAGAGAAAGGUGAACUAGAUUUAUCUGUGCUAUCUGACUUAAUGGGAAUUCAGGCAUCUUCGACUGGUAUGCAAGAGCAGCCAGUGGAUCCUGGUUUUUGUUCUUGUUAUCAGGAUACUGAGGCUCAGCCUGCUCUUAUUUACCCAAGUAGUGAACUUCAUGCCCAGAAGCCAUUUGUGGAUUUUGUGGGGGAUUUGGCCCGUAGUUCAAAACUUAUCGUUCACCCAGAUGGCCGAGUUUCAUUCAUGGGCACUGGAACUGAGAUGAAGGAUCUACUUUCAGUUGUUGCUGAGUUUUACUUAUCAAGGAACUCAACUAAGCAUGGAAAGCAGUCAUUGCUGGUCCCCCACUUUACUAGGCUGGAGCGGGCUGAUACCAAAGGGUCUUCUUUGAAGGUUGAAACUGUGGUUGCUCCUCUUAAGAGUCCUGAGAAAACUAAGCUCAAGCCAUCUCCAAAGAAGAAGAAUGGAAGGAAGGGUUGCAGAGAGAGGGAUCUCUAUGAAAAGAACUAUUUCCAUGCAUGUGAAAGCCUUUUAUCCAUAAUGAUGAACAAGAGGCAGCAACGCAAAACAGCAUUCCUUUCCCUAAAGAAAUCCGGCCCUGAACUACCUGAGCUUCUGACCCAGUUCUCUGCUGGCAUUGCUGGUACCGGCCUUGCUGUUCUCUUCUCUGUCAUCUGUAAAGUAGCCUGUGGGAGGGUGCCUUUUUGUGCAUCCAAAUUCUUGAGUACCGGAUUUGGGUUUGGCCUGGUUUGGCUGUCUUGGGCUGUGAAUAAACUGAGGGACACCGUUGUCCAUAUAAGCAAGAAGUCAGGCAAGUUAGCUUUGAAAGAAGAGGAAAUGAUGAAGAGAGUGGACAGAAGUGUGAAUGAGAUUUUCUUCAGAGCUGCAACAGUGAUGACAGUUGCAGUGCUGAGGCUUGUAUGACCGUCAAGAUUAAGCAGAAUGAAAUACUAAAUAUAUUGAAAAACCUUUUGAGGGAGAAGUGAGCACAAUUGUACAUGUCCUAGCUAAGCUGAGUGAUGAUGGAACGGGUUCUGCAGAGUGGGUGGGUUCAACUCAGAAAAAUGCGCGGAGAAAGAGCCAAAGCUUUUGAAAGAAUCCAUCCAGUCUUGAGGUGACCUCAAUUUUGCAUGAGCUUGGGCUGCAUCUGAUCAGCAGUCGGCCAAGUUCUGUGGCAAUUGAUGUUUGGUUGGUAUGAUGCUUAAUAACUGGAGGCGUAUAUGGCUAGACUCUACUUGAUUCAAGCACUGUACAUGCCGUAAAGUUUAGCAUGAGUAAUAAAACUAUUUUUCGCCUUCAUUC